CCCAAAGCAAUAAUUAACCAAGCUAUCCACUCCGAUUUAUAUCCAAGUAACUAAACUACUAAACUACAUCAGCUUCACUAUUAAUAUCAUUUCCAAGCCACAGACGGCUCCAAGUACUCCCGUGCCGCACUCUAUCUAUCCCCAGAUCUCUUGGCCCGUGCACCAUGCACUAGCGUCGCGGCUACGACCUGCCAUCUCCCCCACUCCCAAACCACAAGCUCAGGGACGCAUUACCUCACCUCACCUCUCCUUCUCUACCCCUACCCCAAAAAAUCCCACACACAAACCCUCAUAUAUAUAAACCACAUAAAGCCCACACCCACCCAUCCAACACACGCCUCACCCGCUUGCCCCCAACAUCCGGGCCACAAAAACCCGCACCAUGGACGCCUACGACCAUAUCCAGGAAUCGGCGCUGGCGCCCGACGAGCCCUCCUCGGCAGCGGGCAAUAAUGGUGCGAAUGGGGAGGGAGGGAAGCAGACGGCGCAGAAUACGUUGAAUGCCGAUUUUCAGGAUGCGUAUAAGGCGAUUAGCUCGAGUCCGUGGGGGGCGAGGUUGGGGGGGUUCUUUGGGAGUGUGGUUAAGCAGGGCGAACAUGUCUACAAAGAAGCUUCCCAAGAACUCAGCGCCGUAGGCCAAGAAGCUACCAAGGGCCUCGCAGACCUCCGAUCCUCCCUCGUCGGGCAAGCCAAGAAAUCCGACCCCAGCACCUCCGACGACACCACCACCACCAAAGACGGCGAGACACCCACUGCUAAAGAUGGCGAACCCACCACCGCCACGCCCAGCGAAGGCGUCCUCGCCCGCCUCCGCACCGAAGCCGCUAAACGACUAAAGGAUAUCGAGCGCGCCGAGGACGCCGCCGACGAGGCACUCCUCCGUUUCGGUACCGGACUUAGGGAUUUCCUCCGCGAGGCUGUGAGUAUCGCACCCGCUGGCACGGAAGAGGGUGGACAGGAGGGGGGGUUCGAGAGUAAAGACGCAGCGGGGAAGCGGGUGAUUCACUCGACUCGUUUUGAGGCGCAGAUGCACGCUAUCCACUGUAAUGCCGACAGCUUCACCAAGGACCCUGAGGGGGAGGAGUGGGCGGAGUGGAGGAAGGAGUUUGAUGCCGAGGCGAGGACUGGGGAGGUAAGUGCGGAUCUGGAGAGGUUUGGGGAGUUGAGGGGUAUGAUGGAACGGUUGGUGCCGGGGGAGGUGAGGUAUGAGGAGUUUUGGGCGAGGUAUUACUUUUUGAGGCAUAGUAUUGAGACGGCGGAGAAGAGGAGGAAGGAGUUGCUUAAGGGCGCCGCAGCAGACGCAGAAGAAGAAGUAGGCUGGGACGAAGACUCCGGCGACGAAGCCACCCCCGCCUCCGCAUCCGCCUCCGCAGCAGCCACAAAGAACAAACCCACCUCCUCCGUCGCCUCCUCCCAGACCAUCAACCCCCCCGCCGCCCCACCGCGCGACGACUCCCGCCUCGACCCCGCAGACGCAAAGCGCAAGACGAGCGCUGAUGGACGUAGCGUCGCCGACAGCGAGGCGAGCUAUGAUGUCGUUGGUGCGCGUAGCGGGGUUCCCAGCGCGGCGCCGGGGAGUCCGAGACAGGAGGGGAAGAAGGGGGAGGAGAGUGAUGAGGAUUGGGAGUAGAAGCGGGAUGGAUGGGUUGGCGUUCGGAGGUGUGUGUGGUGGGGUAUUAUUGU